CGGGCAAACCCCUUACUUUUUAAAAACACAAUGGCGAGCACCGAGUGGUAGUUUACCGCGAAACCGCGGGGCCUUCCCUCGGACCUUUGCUUCCCGAGGCCUGGGAGCCCAGGGAUUUAGAGAGACGCGAGCGGUGAGGGAGGCCGGAACGAAUCCUUCGCGGAACCAUCGAAGCGAAGCCUCUGGGCGCACGUGGAAGCACGGACCGCGGGGGCUGGGCCAGACCCGCAGGGAUGGCAGCCGACGAGGGGCCGGGGGUCGCCAUCCCCGUGGAGCUGCGGCGCGAGCAGCGCAUGGUGUGCGUGGAGUACCCGGGCGUGGUGCGCGACGUGUCCAAGAUGCUGUCCACCCUGGGCGGCGAGGAAGGCGUUUCUCGGAUCUAUGGAGACCCCACCAAGAGGCUGGAGCUCUACUUCCGGCCCAAGGACCCCUACUGCCACCCCGUGUGCGCCAACCGCUUCAGUACCAGCAGCCUGCUGCUCCGGGUCAGGAGGAAGACGAAGCCGCAGGAGGGGCUGCCGGGGCCCGAGGCCCGCCCCCAGGUCACCUUUGACGUGGAUAUCCUUGGCAUCAUCCCCACCAUUUACAGAUUUCAAGGAAUGUCUGACUUCCAGUACUUGGCUGUGCACACGGAGGUGGGAGGCGUGCACAAGUCCAUGUACGACAAGGUGCUCAUGGUCAGGCCCGAGCGGGAGGACUUCUUCCACCAGGAGCUGCCGCUCUGCAUCCCCCCGCCCAUCUUCUCCCGGCUGGACACCCCGGCGGACUACUUCUACCGCCCAGAGACACAGCACCGGGAAGGCUACAACAACCCCCCCAUCUCAGGCGAGAAUCUGAUCGGCCUGAGCAGGGCCCGGCGCCUCCACAACGCCAUCUUUGUCAACUUCGAGGGGGACGAGGUGCCCGAGCAGCCGCUGGAGGCUGCAGUGCAGACGUGGACCAGGCUCUGCACCAACCCCAUGGACCGCAAGGUGGAGGAGGAGCUGAGGAAGCUGUUUGACAUCCGUCCCAUCUGGUCACGCAACGCCGUCAGAGCCAAGAUGAGCGUCCACCCUGACAAGCUCAAGGUCCUGCUGCCCUUCAUGGCCUAUUACAUGAUAACAGGUCCCUGGAGAAGCCUGUGGAUUCGAUUCGGGUACGACCCCCGAAGGCACCCGGAAGCCAAGAUCUACCAAGUCCUUGAUUUCCGAAUCCGCUGUGGGAUGAAAUCGGGGUACACCUCCAACGAGAUGCCCGUGAAGGCCAAGCGCAGCACCUACAACUACAGCCUCCCCAUCACCGUCAAAAAGGCGUCAGCCAACCAGCUUGUCACCAUGCAAGAUCUGAAGCAGGGCCUGGGCCCAUCCGGGGCAGCUGGCACGCGGAAAUCGGCCUCCAACAAGUACAAGCUCAAGGACUCGGUUUACAUCUUCCGGGAGGGCGCCUUGCCGCCGUACCGACAGAUGUUCUACCAGCUAUGCGACCUGAACGUGGAGGAGUUGCAGAAGAUCAUUCACCGCAACGACGGGGCCGAGGAGACCUGCACCGAGCGGGACGGGUGGUGCCUCCCCAAGACCAGCGACGACCUGCGCAACGCCAUGUCCCUCAUGAUCCGGCAGAUCAUCCGCUCCCGGAGGCCUGCCCUCUUCUCCAGCCCGGCCAAGACUGAUGGAGACGGAAGGAAAGAGCAGCUGACAGGCGAGUCUGGGGAGGAUGAGGAGGAGGAGGAGGAGGACUUCAAGCCGUCGGAUGGGAGUGAGAAUGAGAUGGAGACCGAGAUCCUGGACUACGUGUGACACAGGGUCACAUGUGACCCCGGAGGACAAGCCAGGGCUCCGCAGUGCCGCCACGGUCGCCAGCACGGCCUUGGAGGACCCUCUGAGGAGCUGGGCUCCCAGCACUGGGUGCAGCUGGCCCUGGUCCUGCCCGUGACUGCUGCCAGGGCUGCGUGGGACAUUCCUGAAGCCAUGCCCUGGCUCCCGCAGCCAGGCACCAGCGAGAGCCGCAGGCGGAGAUGAUGCCGCCGGGUGGGGGUCAGCUUGGCUUGGGGCUCAUGACUGAUGGCAGGGAUGGCACCAGGAGCCUGGUGCAUGGUCACGGCUGGCAGGAGCCUGUCCUUGGGUUUGGAUCCUUCUGUUUGGGGUUAGCCUGGCAGAGGCAGGCCCAGCUGGCAUUGUCCGCAUUAAAUACCUUUCCCCAGGAGACGUGA